AUGGCUGAAGUGAAAUCAGAAAGUGUCCCCUGGCCGAAUAACAAGGAUGAUUACGAGCUAAAGGACGUUAUUGGUGCCGGAGCCACAGCAGUAGUUCAGGCGGCCUUUUGCAAACCACGACAGGAAAGAUGUGCCAUUAAGAGAAUCAACCUUGAAAAAUGCAACACAACUGUAGAGGAACUGUUGAAAGAGAUCCAGGCAAUGAGCCAAUGUAAGCAUGAGAAUGUGGUCGGAUAUCAUACCUCAUUUGUUGUCAAGGAAGAACUCUGGGUCAUCAUGAUGCUUUGCAGUGGAGGUUCCAUGUUGGAUAUUAUCAAAAGUCGAAUGCGUUCAGGAGGUUGCAAAAAUGGUGUCCUGGAUGAAGUUGUCAUAGCAACCAUUCUUAAGGAAGUAAUCAAAGGCCUGGAAUAUUUCCAUAAUAAUGGCCAGAUUCAUAGGGAUAUCAAAGCUGGAAACAUUCUCUUGGGGCAAGAUGGCUCUGUCUUUGUUGCAGAUUUUGGUGUAAGUGCAUGGCUGGCUACAGGAAAGGAUAUGACCCGAGAUUCUGUCCGCCACACUUUUGUAGGAACACCCUGUUGGAUGGCUCCUGAGGUUAUGGAGCAGGUAACAGGAUAUGACUUCAAGGCAGAUAUUUGGAGUUUGGGGAUAACUGCCAUAGAAUUAGCUAUAGGAACAGCUCCCUACCACAAGUAUCCUCCGAUGAAGGUCUUGAUGCUGACACUGCAGAAUGAACCUCCAACCUUAGACACGUCAGCUGAUGACAAAGACCAGUACAAAUCUUACAGCAAAGUUUUCCGAAAAAUGAUUGCAGAGUGUCUGAAAAAAGACCCAGAGAAGAGACCUACGGCCAAGCAGCUUCUCAAACUAGAAUUCUUCAAAAAAGCCAAAGAUAAAGUGUUUCUUGCCAAAACCCUGCUGUCAGAGGGUCCUUCUGUCAAACCGCAAAAGGUAAAGCGUGUUCCUGGCUCUAGUGGACGGCUACACAAGACGGAGGACGGAGAUUGGGAAUGGUCUGAUGAUGACUUUGAUGAGAACUCUGAGGAGGGCAUUGCAGCCAUGUCAGAGAGGAAACGUCGUGUUAAGAAAACCGAUGAGGGGACCUCUGAGCUUGUUCCACCCUCUGAGCCAACCCCUGUGUCACCUAGCAAAUCCCUCUCUCAGACAGAGGUUGCACCAACAACCAACGAAACACCAGCACCAUCUGGUGGUGGCCAACAAAAUGCUACUACCAGUGUGACGACCCCCACAACUCCUUCAGCCUCUAGUUCAGGGGGGGAUGCAAGUUCACAGCCAACAGCCCUUAACCUCGUACUUAGGUUACGGAAUGACAAACGAGAACUGAAUGACAUCAAAUUUGAUUUCACUCCAGGUCAAGAUACAGCAGAUAGUGUAUCACAUGAGAUGGUAGAAGCUGGUUUAGUCAAUGGAAAAGAUAUGAUUGUUGUUGCUGCUAAUUUACAAAAGAUACAGGAUUACCCUGAUGUAAAAUCUGUGACAUUUGCUUUGAAUUCUGGUUGUGGUCCAAAUGAGGUUCCCUGUGACAAAGCUCUGAUAGGAUUUGCACAACUCUCCCUGAAUGAUGGCACCAACCCACUGCCUCCUCACUAACACAGCUAGACCUAGGACAGACAUUACACAUAACUGCCACAAACACGAACAGAUUUAUUGUUUUAAUGUCUCUUGAAAAAGGGUAGAUAACUCUGUUCGGGCACAUUCUUGACAAGAGAACUGUGAUAAUAUUGGGUUUGCCAGGACUAUGUUAAGAAUCUUUAUUUUUUUGUGAUUCAGCAGUGAUACAAGCUUGUGAGACUAUUUGUCUCAUGCGGAAUCUUGUUUGCGCCUUUAAUGCAUUUAUGUAAAUUUUGUAUUAUUUGAAAUUCCAAUUUGGUAAAUGUCUAUUUAUAGUUAUAACAAAUUUUCAGGAAUAGUUUAUGUUACUACGUAAUCUACAGGUACCCCUUACAUAAAUUUUACCUUUGAAUGUUCAUUUCUUGUCAAAUCUGCGGCCUUUUUGUUUGCUGUAAACAUACCCUAUUUUUGUGCCCUCAAUUAUUAGUACUUUACCAAAUAUUGAUAAUAAAUAGUGACUGUAUUAUAUUGAUGAAUUGCUACACUUGCUUAUUAUGUAAUCAAAUAUAAUAGCAAACUUCAAAAUCACAGUCAUAGUGUUUCCUGAUAUUUAUAGUGUGAAAUGCAUUUCAUUGAUAUGUAAUAUGGCUUGCUCAUCUACUUUCAGAUUUGAAAUAUCGAGUUUGAUAACAUGAAUGUUCUUUAUAAAAAUUAACUGCAUUUAAUAUUCUUGAUUGUUUUUUUAAUUUUUUUGUUUUUUUAGUUUUCAGUGAGUUUUGAUUGUAACGCAAUAUUUUUAGAGGCCAAUAUUUAGCCAAAGCUUUCAGACAUCAUCAGUGCUGUGGUAGAAAUAUUUCUUUAUCAAUCAGUAUUGGUAUAUGACAUAUAUUGACCUGCCUACUUGAUUUGUGUUUUCAAAUUUGCAUUUGAAAUAUUAGUUAAAGAGGUUUGUAACCUCCUUGAUGUCAUCUAAUGCACCUCUCAUUUUAUUUUUACGCUUAAUCACAUUGCCUGGAUGAAGAGGGCAGAUAUCUCUUACAUAAAUAUCAGAUUUGAUGGGUAGCAUUAUACCCUUAAAAGGUUGAAUAAUAUUAUAGAUAAAUUAACUUGGUGCCAUGUAUCAUUAUUGUAAUUAUCUAAAUUUAAGAGUGGUAUUGGGGUAAGAUAUUUUUUUCAUGCAAUAUUGAUAUUGAUGUUGAUAUUUAUAUAUGUAAAAAAGCUGAUGCUGUUCAAUUUAGUUAUCAAAUACAUGCACCAGUGAAAGAAAUGGAUGUAAUUACUGUGAUACAAGUCCUUACAUAUGCAUGUAAAUGAUAUUAAAAAAUGAUACACCAUCUUCCUUGUUUUAAACUUCUGAAUCAGAACUUGCUUAUAUUAUAAAUAGCAAAUAUAUGUAUGAUUGCUUUAACUUCGUACAAGACAAGGGGAGAUAAAUCUGAUUUCAUCAAAGACUUUCGUUAGGGCAAAAAGGUAUUUUGAUCAUCAGAUCUCUUCUACCUUACCAUUAACAUUAUCUAUAGUAUCUUAUCCAAAGACUAAAAAUCACCAAAAAAGUUGAAGUUUGAACUAUAAUGUGAAUAUUUUGUAAGUGGAGGGACUAUUAACAGCAAGUAUAUAAUUUGAGAGGAGAGCAUACCAUGAUACCAAAAUAAGAGUGUGCUUUUCUUGCUUUGAAAUAUUUACAGAAACAAACUGUGUUAACUGCAAAUAAAGAUGUAUAAGAGUAUCUGGUGUCAUGGUAACAGGAAGACUUGCAUCUUUUACUUAGAGAGAGUUGACAUAUGUGUUUUUCCUCGUUGUAUUUUCACAUGUUGAAGUAUCAGUUUAUCUUAUCAAUGGUAAAUCAGUAUCAAUUAAUAUCAGCUUUAAUUCUUAACUUUGAAUCCGAUGGUGAUUUGAGCUAUGCAUAGUUUAGCUUUAGUCAUUAAUCUUUGGACACGCCCUGAAGAAAAGUGACACAGUGUCUUUAAGUUUUGCUCUCGUUACGUUUUCCUGUACCUUUACAUGUCUAUCAAAUUAUUUUCAUUAGUUCAAAUUUUAAAAAUAGAAAGAAAAACAGAAAAAAGGGUUGGUAGGGACAAGAAAAAGGGUUGGUCGGGACAAGCAAAUUGAUCUAACAGAUCGAGAGACAAUCUUAGAUUUUUUGCAUUAGUGUCAGAGUAUUGUUACAACUGUGAUUCAGUUGUAUGAUUUUAAGCAGAUGAAUCGGUGUAGACCAGAAAACAAAUGGACAGAAUAUAUUCUGUGGUAUGCAAGUGACAAAAUAUUUUGCUUGUUUGUUUAAAAAAAAAAUUUUCAUAAUAUCUCAUAUUUGUAUGCUUGUCAAUAUUCUUCUAUCAUGAACCUAUUUCAUGCAAGAUUCACAUCAACAUGAGAAGGUUUUGAAUAUUGACUUUCUGUCUUGAAAUGUAUUGAGUUAUUUUAGACCUUGUAAUUGUUAUAUUGAUAAGAUAUUAGAUUAUUCCUCAAGAGUUACCCUUGAAAAUCUCACACUAACAUACUGCUGAACAAAAUUUGUCUUCAAACUGUGAAAUAAAAAUCAUGAGGAAAAAACUAAUCCUAUAUUAGAUGAACAGUUUGAUGAGAAAAUGCAGUCACACUUGUUCUAGAUUGAUUAUUUCCUUUCCAAAACAACAACUUGAAAGUCUGGAAGACUAUGAUCUAUACAUUGUCUAUUCAUAGACAUUUAAAAUUUCAUAUGAUGCUAUCAGUAUAUAAUAUUGUCACAUUGUAUUAACAAGCAGAUUUGACAUUCAAAAUGAUAUGAGUGCUGUUUUCAUAUGGAAUCUGCUCUUUCCAGAUAAGUUUUGUUUGUUUCUCUGAGUGUUUGAUAUUUUUUUUCAAUUUGUUUAUUUUCAUUUGCAUAUGUAUAUCUUAAAUAUAAGUAAAGCAAGCUGUGCAAUUUCCUGUGUAUUGAAACAUUGAAUCAGUGAAAUGAUUGAUAUAUAUGAAUAUAUAUGGGUGAGUCCUAUUCUCCCAACAAUGUUGAACAAUUAAGUCCAUUGUAGGCAUUUUUUUUUUACAAUCAGUUAUAAGAAAUGCUAUAAAAAAGCAAUUGUACUUGAUAUCCCACCAUCAUCAGAUGGGGAAGGAAGUUACCUUUCCUUUGAAUACUUAAUUACAUACAUGAUAUUUUAUCUUUAUUGCCAGAUGUUACAGAAUCCAAUGAUAAUUUCUGUGAAGAUUUUUGGCACAUUAAACUUUUAAUAUACAACAAAAAUUAUUUGUGGCUUCUAAGAUUCUUCAUUCUAAACCGUUUCAUGUUUCAAAAGACCUAUCAGAUUUAUCCUUUUUAUGCUAAAAUGAACAACAACCAACUGAGGUACACCUUUUUUUUAAAAUUUAAUAAAGUUGUCCAUGAAGAUAAGUAGUUAGGUUUUGUUGGCCUAAUUAUGCAUUAAACAAAGUUGUUUUUUUUUAUGUGUAUUGAUUAUGUAGACAAUCUUAGAUCAUUCGGAUGAGCUUUAAUUGAUUCUACAGUUCUUUCAGUUGUCCUAAUACGCAUCAUAAAGUUUCAUAAUACUCUGUAAGUAUUUGUUGGUUUGCAGCAAUGAAGGGUCAUAUUUCCUGAUGUCACACGAAAUAAAAUUAUUAUUAAGUUUUUGGUGAUAGAACCAUGUGACACUGGUAGCUAACUUUUCAUUGCGGCUUUUAAGUUUUGUUUUUUCCGCAUCACAGCAAGUUCACUUAAUUUUGCUUAUGGUAAAAAUGGUAAUACUAUAACUAACUAAACUAGCUGUUACCCCUGUUUGAAUUUGCAGCUGUCAACUUGAUAAUUUUUUGCUGUGAUAGUAAAUUGUACACUUGUUUACAGUGUAGAAAUGUGAAUUAAGCGUGCAUGUUUGUAUUAUUCCCAUAGAGUUUCACAUCAAGCGUAUCUGAUGAAUGAUAUUUUGAAUUUUCUUCAUUGCUUGAUGAUAUGAUAGGAUUUAAUUCUGGGACUAUAUAUUUGCAAUAACUUUUUGGUGGAUUGAGAGAGACGAGUUAAUUAUUUGAAUCAUAGAUAUGUAACAUAUAGCCUUAGCAAGUCCUAUCUUUACGGAUUUAUCUUAAGUUUUGAUAUUCAUAAUUGUAUGGCACUGCAGCUGUAUGACCUUUGUAAAUUCAGAUUGCAUUUAUAUCUUUAUGAAUGCCAUAGAACUAAUUUGAUGUCAUCAUAUAUCAUGACACCACAGAUGUGAUUGAUCCCACUGGCCCUUUCCAGUUUUGUUGACAAACAUAUACACACGAUGUGUACUUGCAUGGACUGAUUACAUGGUACCCUAUCAGUUGGCAAUUAUUGCCAUUAUGAAUGCCAACAGGACAAAGGCAAAUUAACAUGAAAUGCAUUCAUGUCAACUGAAAGAAGCACAGUGCAUAAUUAACUAGCUAAAGGAAAGCAAGAAAAUUCUGUUAUGAAUAUAAUAAGGAUGUUGUUAGAUAGUUGCUCAACAAUAGAGUUACCUCCCUGUCAGUGUAUGUUGUCUCUGUUUAUCAUUACAGGCAAUGUGUCCUGUACAAAAAAUAAAGAAUUCAAAGAC